AUGAGAAAGAUAUAUAUUGCGGGUCCUGCGGUGUUCAACCCGGACAUGGGGGCUUCCUACUACAAUAAAGUUCGUGAGCUGCUAAAGAAGGAGAAUGUGAUGCCUCUGAUUCCCACAGAUAAUGAAGCCACAGGGGCCCUCGACAUCCGUCAGAAGAAUAUCCAAAUGAUUAAGGAUUGCGACGCCGUGAUUGCUGAUCUUUCACCAUUCCGCGGCCAUGAACCCGACUGCGGUACCGCGUUUGAAGUGGGCUAUGCAGCGGCGCUCAACAAAAUGGUGUUAACUUUCACUUCCGAUCGCCGCAACAUGAGGGAGAAGUAUGGAAGCGAAGUUGACAAGGAUAAUUUGAGAGUUGAAGGGUUUGGCCUCCCCUUCAACCUCAUGCUGUACGAUGGUGUAGAGGUGUUUGAUUCAUUUGAGUCCGCCUUUAAGUACUUCCUGGCAAAUUUCCCCAGUAAGUAA